AUGGCUUGGAUUACCCUCUGCCUUCUAUAUGUUUUCUGGGCUAUGGCAGGAACCAGCACCAGAGCCCAAAGCUCUUGCUCUGUCCCCCCAGAAGAGCAGCCCUGGAUCGAUGGCCUACAAGUUCUCAUGGAGACCUCAGUGGCCAAGUCAAACUUCGUAAACCCCAGCAUCCUCAUUGCCAUGAACCUGGCCGGCCCCUACAAUCUGGAGGCCCAGAAGCUCCUGACUAACAAGCUCAUAGCCAGUGACAAUGCAGACCUGACAAAAGGGCAGCUCGCCCUCACCAUUAUGGCUCUCACCUCCUCCUGCCGAGACACUGGAAGUCAAGUAUCCAUUCUGCAAAAGAAAAUGGAAAACUGGGAACCUUCAAGCCCCGGUGCUGAUCCCUCAGCCUUCUAUGGGCCCAGUCUGGCAAUCCUCGCACUGUGCCAGAAGAACUCAGAGGCGACCUUGCCCAUCGCAGCACUCUUUGCUAAGACACUGAUGAGUGACCCUUCUCCCUUCAGUGUGGACACAGAAGCAGUAGCAACCUUGGCCCUGACCUGCAUGUACAAUAGGAUUCCUGUAGGUUCUGAGGAAAAUUACAGAGACUUGUUUGGUGAGGCACUGAAGGUUCUUGUGGAUAGUAUCAGCUUGAGGAUCAAAUCUGAUGGCAUCAUCGGAGACAUCUACAGCACUGGCCUUGCCAUGCAGGCUCUCUCUGUGACACCUGAGCAACCUAUGAAGAAAUGGGACUGUGAGAAGACUAUGGAUACAAUACUCAAGGAGAUUAAGCAGGGGAAAUUCCAAAACCCCAUGUCCAUUUCUCAAAUUCUCCCAACCUUGAAAGGCAAGACUUACCUAGAUGUCCCCCGAGUAACUUGUGGUCCUGAUCACGGAGUGCCACCAACUGUAAAUGACUAUCCUACCCCUGUCCCCACCUCAGUAUCUAACAUUACCAUCAUAUACACCAUAAACAACCAGCUGAAGGGGGUUGAUCUGACCUUCCAUUGGACCAUCGAGGUUAGUGUGAAAAGUGGAUCUGUGCUACUUGUUGUACUAGAAGAAGCACAGCGCAAAGACUCCAAGUUCAAAUUUGAAACCAAAAUGACAUCUUGGGGCCUUAUGAUCUCUUCUAUCAACAAUAUCGCUGAAAAUGCUAAUCAGAAGACAUACUGGCAGCUCCUUAGUGGCAAAACACCUUUGAAUGAAGGGGCUGCUUACUAUAUUCCCUCCAACUAUGAGCACAUCACAGCCAACUUCACCCAGUACUGA